AUGUCGUCGAUUUUAUGUCUGGCGCAUUAUUGCGACACACAUGGUCCCACCCCACUGAUGGUGACCGAGGGUUUGGCAGUGAGCUGCACGUCUUGUUUUGAAGACGAGAGUUUGAGCACAAGACGACCAAGCACGAGUUCACGGUCGGUCAAUCCUACAGAUGGGUCGGCAGGUAUAUCGCGGGGCGCAAGUAGGACCAAUUCGUCGUCGUCGGACAAGGAGAAUGCAGCAUACUCAGCAUUUCGCUACCAAGCAUCCAAGGCUCAAGCGUCGACUUCUGCCAUUGAGACCCCACCAGAGAGUCCUCGAGUUGCAGCAUUGCAGAUGGCACAGAAUCCCAAUAAUUAUCGACGCGACUCGAGCUUCCGGAAGACCUACGAUGAGAACGACAGGAAGAGGGCCAUACCCUGCGAGAAUUGCGCGCUCACUCUGCCCAAGAAGACGAAGGAAGGGUCAUCUGCAAGUAAGAUGGAUAACAGCGGACCAAUCCUUCGAACCAGGAAAGUUUGUGAGCGAAUCUCUGUCCCUGCGGAACAACCUUCACCUCCCAAAUCCGACUCUUGCAACUCCUCCGAUUCCGAGAACGCCAUUGUAUCCAAGCCUACACACCGAAGAACCCGCUCACGCACUCUAAUCCGCGCCGGUACAUCCUCUAGUAACUCGUCCUUCAACUCUACUAUCUCCCAUGACCAUUACCUAGACUACACUUCGACCCACGAACCACUCGCUCCCACCUCUUUCUCUAUCAUCCGACAAUCCUGCCUCCGUACUCUCUCAUGCGAGACCCUACCUCCUUCGUCGACACAAUUCACUUCUUCCCCAGCAUCGCCUUUCAUGAACAACCCCUUUUCAACCGGUCCUUCAUCCGCCUCAACUUCUGGUGGUCCUAUCUUCUUCGGUGACCCUCUCGCAGGAUACACAACGGCCUACAUAUUUCGAAUACCAGACCCCAAUGCCCGUGGCCGGAGACGCGUCUAUGCACUAAUGGCACUCAGCACGCACCGCGAACGAGCAGCCAUGCAGACCUUCUCCUACCUCUCAUCCGCAUUCCGAGACCUAGCUGCAUGGAUCCAGUCCCUCGCCGAAGCAGAACUCGAGCGCGCUGAAAAUGCAAAUAGUCCUCGUCUUAGUGGAAGCGAUGACAGAAAUGGUAGCAGUAGCAGCACCCACAACACUCCUACUAGCGCCUUCUUGAGUGGCAGGAAAUGGGGCCCUGAUGGCAAGUUUGCAGGCAUGAGUUUGAAGGCCCGAGGGCUAGCGGAGAUCGUUGGGUUACCGGAUUUCUUCAUCGAGUUGCACGCGAAGUUUGUGCGGCUGCUUAUUGAGCUGAGUAUUAUGCUCGGUGCAUAA